CCCUACUUAAUUAAUACAAUUAAGAUAUCAAUUAGGUUCGAAGUAAAACAAAACUUAAAAACAACUUUUCAUACGCUUUGUUUAAAAAGUCACAGCUGUAGGUAUUAGAGAUAUUCUUGCUUUGUUCUUGCAAAAAAUAAAAAGUCGAUUAGUUGGAAUUAAAACUCGCGUUUUUUGUUAAUCUUUUAAAUGACAUUUGCUAGUCUUUUUACAUCAGUAUCAGUUUUCCUGACACAUAUGCCAGUUCCCCGACUAACUGUGUUUAAAAUGAUUUCUCGACACGGCAUAUGUCCUUAGUGUGUGAAAUGACACCGAAAACAGAUGGAAUGUAAAAAGAAAUACAAGCGACCCGUUGAAAGUGGUUGUUAUACAAUUAUUACAGGUGUGGUUUCGUCGAUGCUGUUCUGUUGCAUUUUUUUGUAAAUUCGACGAUGUGUGUUCGACUUAGCAGCUAAAAAUAACCUACUUUAGCGGAAAAAUAAUUUAAAAUAAUAUUGGUAUAGAAUUUAAUAGAAAACAUUCCGGAAUUUUAUAACCAGUAAUCAACUCUAAUCUAACUCGCGAAGGGCUCCAAAAACAGAGCACGACCAGCUCCUGAGCAGUGAGGGGGGAUAUAUAUCUCUCAAAAAGCAUUUGCAGAUACGCUGUUUCUAAGGAUGACAUGGUGAGAUGCACUAGCACACUGCCUCGCAUUUCGCCAGGGGCAAAUACCCAAUAGAAUUUCAGUAUUUGAGUGACGUGCGGUAAAGCCAAUGCUACCCGCUGACAUUCGCGACAUUUUAAAGACCAAUAUUUUCUAAUUACCUUAAACAUCGUUGGGGAUUAGAAUGGAGACCACAACCACAGAACAGGUAGAACACACUGCUGCGUGGCAUUUUAAUAAGGACGUAGGUUUUGAUAAGCAUAUAUGUACAGAUAAAAUUAGACGACGAAGUUAUGGAUGAAGAAUCGGGGUCUGGAUGGUUCGAGGCAUUGAAUAACGUGAGUGGGAACGUGUCAACAAAAUUCACGGGGAAUGCUGGAUUCAACAAAACGUUUUCAUCGCCGGUUGGGGAAACUUUUAAUCACGUCGUGGUCGCCGUUUUGAUGCCAAUGGCGGUUUUUGGAAUUCUCGCCAACAUUUUGACCAUCUACGUCAUCGCGACGUCACCCAAAUUAAAGAAUACUUUCAACAUCUUUAUCAUGAGCCUCUGCUUUUCUGAUCUUUUGUCCUCUCUCAUAAGUCCCCUGUGGGUCUACAGUCGAGUUUGGGGAAGAGUCACUUGGCGGAUUUCUCUUUUUCUUUGUAAGGUAUUAUGGGGUGGGAAUGAUGGAACAUCAGUUGUCACUUCACUGCAUAUCAUGGGUUUCUCAUACAUGCGACUGUGUGCAGUAACCUGGCCACAUAAGUACCGGAAAUUCACGGUCUUACAUGCAAAGGUGCUGGUGUCGGUCAUCUGGAUAGCGGGAUUGGGUGGGGGGUUCGUUCCGACAGCAAUCUGGGCCGAAGUCAUAACGGAUAAAAACAAAAGGAGUCCUUCAUGUUCCAUUGGUUCGAAAUGGNAUCAAGAGUUCAUUGGUUACACGUUGAUCGGAUUUCCAAUAUUUUUUUACCUUCCAAUGGUGUUGGUGGUAAUAUCUUCAGUAGCCCUGGCAGUGGUUCUGUUCAAGAAAAGAGAGAAGCGGAAAAAAAUGCGAGAUGCUCGUAACCAAUCUGAGAUAGCACGACAGCGGAAAGAAAACCAAGCGAUCGUUCAACUAGCUUUUGUUGUUGGCUCAUUUAUGAUUGGUUACGUUCCAUACACAGCUUUCUAUGUGUCCGUUAAAAUGAUUGAACACCCACGCUACAAAAUGACAUUCAAUUUGUGGUUUUCUACAAUCGCAUUCAUGCUUCUCCGACUGAGCGAAUGUCUCAAUCCAAUCCUGUACAAUUUAACAUCCAGGAGUAUUCGUGCAGAAACAAUAAAAGUCCUAAACAAACUUCAAUGCUGCCGCAGUACACGUAUCAGCAACAAGGGCAUUGACUUUCCUCCGACUAAAACGAGUUCAACGCGGAGAUCGAAGGAGUUUCGUGCAUGACUUUUAAUAAUGGCCCCACUGUUUUGUCUAAUUUAAACAAUAUCGUGUGAAUUUGUAGCCGUGUCGUAAUCCUGUAUUGCUGUUAUGGUUCUGUUCGUUUACAUUGUAAAAACAAGACACACAUACGUCCGUAGCAGGGACGAGCCGUUAACUUACCCCCUUUAGGUUAGAGGCAGGCUGACCGACCGAUAUAUUAUAUAAACAACGAUUGGCCCCAAAUCUCAAUCUGAACAGGACUUUCCAGAGCUCAACACAAAUUAAGAACAACAAGAACAAGAAUAGCAUGUUUGAUGAAAAAGGGCAUAUAUAGCCGCUUAUACGCACUGAACAAGCUCGACGUCACAACACUGUAUACAGCUUCAUCGGUUUUGCUAUAUCUAUUUCUGUUAACGCACAUGUCAAUACACUUCGUAAGCCUACUA